AGUGGUGCGUAGACUUCCCUAUUCAGAAGAAAUACAAUGACUUCCGGAAAUGAAGCCCGAACUCCUGAUUAACAUAAACAAUAGACAGAAAAAUGCAUCUAAAUAUUAAAUUAGUCAUUAAUAAACGGAAUAUAGCGGUAGAUUCCCUUACUUCCGCGGGUUCUAAUCGGCUUACUUACGAAACUUUAAUGUGUACAGCCGCCAAAUUAAUCUGGACACAAGAGAUAUAACAAUGUAUGAAUUCACAACCAGGAAGAAAUCAAUUGCUUUUCUACCAUUACUAGUAGGAAUGGUUAAUUGUGCUACUAUUUCCCAGGAAAGAAAUACAUUUCCAUGGUUUCCACAAGGCUGGAGUGGGUAUGUCUUGUAUUGUUCAAAUGCCUGUAAAAACGUGCCAUUAAUCGGAAACAAACUAGAUAGCUGCUGCGCGUGCCAUUCAAAAAGUGUUUGGGAUUUCAGUGGGACGGUUUCACAUUUAAAUGUUUCCAACGAUGGAUACCUGGAAGGAAACAAGUCUGCAAGAAAUAUACAUGUCAAUUUUGUCAAAGAGAACUUACAGUUUCUCCCUAAAAAUAUUUGCCAUUUUCCAGGAAUAACAAAAAUCAAUCUAGCCUUUAAUCUCAUCACGGAUAUCCCAAACCUUUCUUGUAUUCAAAAUUUGACUGAUUUGAAUUUAUCUUACAACAAACUAUCUUCAUUGCCAAAAUCGUUAACCCAUAAUAGGAAUCUGAGAACGGUGGAUCUGUCAGGUAACUAUAUCACACGUUUGGAGACUGGAGUUUUGGCUGCACUGUCAGCUCACAACAUACUCCUAAAAGGAAAUCAGAUUAUGUCAAUUGAUAUCACAGAUGUUGUGUUUGAACGACCCUUUUGUGUGAUUGAUAUGUCUCAUAAUGCCUUGAGAAUACCUACAAAUGAAAACAACUGGAAAGUAAGUCUAAAAGCAAAGUAUGGACCUGGGAACGCAGUGUUUUCAUUUAAUUUCUUUACAAGAAUGCCGAAUGCAACAAAACUUGGCUUUUCAAAUAUUUUCGAUCUUAGUAAGCUGUUUGAUUUUGGGUUUGAUUUUCGUUAUAACCCGAUAAUUUGUGAUUGUAACAUCGCCAAGCUCUUGUUACGUUUUAAAGAUUACAUUGAUGUAAUGAAAAGGGAUUACUUUGACUUAACGUGUGGUUCACCAGAGCAGUUCAAGGAUAAGUCGUUACCAAGCAUUAUCAUGGAAAACCAAAUAAAAGAUUUGCUCUGUAACUAUACUUCGACUCCUUUGUGUCCAGCUGGUUGUACAUGUGAAGAAAGUCCUAAACACAUUGACUAUAGAAGCAAGUCUUUGACACUGACUCUCAUUAUUAACUGUUCCGGGGCUGGUGUAAAGCGCCUUCCUCGUGUUCUUCCCUACAGUGAUCGUAUCGAGUUUCACAUGAGGGGGAACAUGAUAUACGAGAUACCUAACAACCAUUACUUGAACCACGUAAGUGUGUUAGAUUUAGAAAUGAUGCCCGUGUUCGAUAAGGAUGCCCUAGAUAAUCUAAUACGUCUCCAAAUAUUUUCCGUACCAGAGUCGGAGCAGCGAAAAGGAAUAUCUCGAUCCCUGUCGCGUCUUAGUCCCUGUGUCUUUCUCCAAAAAACAGAUUUUGUUAUGGUCUGUACUUGCUCCCAUCUGUGGAUGUUGGACUGGAUAGGUAGUUUUUUAACCAGCAAAUGUGCUUCUUACGUUUUCAGAUGUUUGAAUGGCACUGCUAAAGAAAAUUUAACUAUUUUUCUUCAAAGUCUGAAUUGCUCAGAUACGGGAGAUUUUCAUAAAUAUAAUUGGAUGUUUAUCAGCUCCUCUAUUUUGAUACUAGUUUGUUUAAUUAUAAUUAUUGUCAAUGUUUGGAAGUAUGAACUAAAAAUUGUGCUAAGAAAACUAUGCACAAAAUGUAUCGAACAUUCAGACGAAGACUGUGUGGUUUACAUCUCGUACGAUGUCAAUGUUGCAAAAAUUGGUCCAUGGGUAUUCAAGACACUGGAACCAUUUUUAUUUGGGAGUGGUUUGAGUGCUUUUGUGCCCUCUCGUGACCUGUCCUUGGGAAGUGUAAGAGCAGAGGAAGCAGCAUACCACAUAUCUGUGUCCAGGUAUUACCUGGUGAUUCUGUCUGAAGGUUAUUCCGACGAAGAGUCCGUCGUGACGCACAAUGAAUGGAAGAACAUUUGGAACCAUUACAUGUCCGAUUCAAGAAAAAAUCUACUGGUCAUUAAUUUUGAUUUGAUGAAACCAGGCGAUGUGUCCUGUCGAAAACUUGAAGCUUUCUUACGUGUUGGCAAUGUUAUUAAUUUUGCAGAGGGCGAAAAGAAAACAUUUUCACAGAUCUGGAAUACGUUUGUAAAAUAGCUGUUUUAAAAUACCGGUAAUUUCCGUCCAACGUGGAAAUUCCCACAAUUGUUGUUCUUUGCGAAAUAGAUCAGAUCUUAUUAUUUCUUUAAAAGAUUUAAUUCUUUUGUUUACUUUUAUAACAAUGGUUUUUGUUGACCAUUUAUUCAUAGACGUGGUUGUAGAGGGGUAUUUUACUUAUGUAUGCUAGUAGAAAGAUUUUAAACUCUUGAACAUUAGCAAAUGCAUGUCAUUUUGAUUUUUUUUUUAUUGUGCUCUCUGAGUAAUACAACACUGCUCAAAUCGAGACAUUGUAUUUUGUUUAAAAUACUGGCACAAGCCCAUUCUCACGAAGCAUUUUAGAAAUAGACACUGUGUCCUUGUUUCACGCACUUGGUGGAGACUUUACAAAAACAACAGACUAUAUCAAGACAUAACAUGAACGAUUUAUUUAAAUAUCAGUCAUAUGAAUAUUGUAAUGUGUAAGAGUGCGAAAAGAGCUAUGAAUGCUCAGAAAACAAAACUACAUAGAAAUAUAUAACUUUAAUUACUUUGAUUGUGGAUUGUUUGUUAUAAUGAAAAUAUGAAAUAAAUGUUUAAAAAAGCUA